CUGCACUACUACAGUCCAAGCCGCACCGCUCUCUCGCUAGCCACCUCCCUCUCGUCCGCCACCGCAUUAACUCUUCGCCCACCGCUUCCCAACAAACCCGCCGCCCGCCCUUGACCGCGGCAGCCAUGGCGCUCGCAGCGGCACAACGCCAGCGGUCGGCGUCGGCCGUGCUGGUCGCGGCGGUGCUGCUAUCGCUUUCACUCUCACUCUCAUGCGUGCAGGCGCAGGCGCCGCACGUGGCGGUGCCACCUUCGGCUCCCCCGAAGGCGGCGGCGGCGCCUGGGCCGGCCGGGGGGUUGAGCGCGGCGUGCCUCAACUCGCUGCUCAACAUGUCGGACUGCCUGCCGUACGUGCAGGCCGGGAGCAAGGCGCGGGCGCCGGACAAGCCGUGCUGCCCGGAGCUGGCCGGCAUGGUGGGCUCCAACCCCGUCUGCCUCUGCGAGCUCCUCUCCGGGGCCGCCGACUCCCUCGGCAUCGCCGUCGACUACGCCCGCGCGCUCGCGCUCCCCGGCGUCUGCCGCGUCGCCACCCCGCCCAUCACCACCUGCGCAGCAAUGGGAUACAACGUUCGUCUGGGCCCGUCUCCGGCGCCCGCGCCGGGAUCUCCCUCGCCCAUGUCGCCCGGCGGCAGCCCACAGUACCCCGCUGGUCCUUCGCCGUUCGCCUCGCCGCCGGAGUCGCCCAAGCCCAGCCACGCGGCGCGCCGCUUCCACGCCGCCGGCGCCCUCGUCGCCCUCGCCGCCUCCUUCGCCGUCGGGAUGGCCUUCUUCUAAGCGGACAAGGCCAGCGAGACUGUUAACCGUUCGAUAAAAAUCUGUCGCGUGAAUGUCAUGGACAUGCUUUCUCCGUCUCUAGUCUGUGCGCUAGUACUCCAGUAUGAUGAUUCUAGGUAGAUAAGAUAAUACAGUACCAGUUAUUUCCCGCCAAUAUGUUAUGUGCUAUGCUAAUCAAUUGAUCUGUCGCUCACUGAUAAA